AUGGAAACCAUUCACACUCUCAUCAAAAACUUCUUCGAACAAGCAGAGUACCAAAUCAAAUCAAGGCACGACCUAUUACCACCCAACUACCCAGACAUCAAAAACAGCGAAAUCGCACUACCCCGUAAAAUAUCACCCCACAAGUUGGAUGUAUUUUUCAACAAUUUUCCAUUACGAGAAUACGUCAAAAUUAUCGGAAGUUUCAACGGAAAUCUAGAUCCGAAGUCUAAACUUUAUGAAGCUGAACACUUGGAAAUUGACGGUCCCCUUACUCAAGCAGACGACAUUUUGUAUCGAUUCAAGGGACAAUGUCUGUAUUUGGAAAACGCCACUUUCUACGAUGAAACUAUUUAUCAUUUUCUUGAAAUGUGGAAAUCAGGACUUGGAUUUCAAAAUCUGCAGAAACUUGUCAUUAAUUGUGGAUACCUGUUUCGAUUCAAAGUCAACCAACUCAAGGAAUCUGUUGGUGUAAGGACUUUGGAUGAAGCGAAGGGAGCACUAUUUUAUGAGUGGCAGAAAAGGUUUGAUUGCUAUUAG